UUUAGGGAUUUAUGCUCAACUGAACUACAUACAGUGCAUGUCGACAAAUUAGAAGUUACCAUUGUUGAAACAAUAUGCAAACUAGAAAAAAUUUUCCCCCAUGGAUUUUUUGACUCAAUGGAACAUUUGCCAAUACACUUACCUUAUGAGGCUAAGGUUGGAGGACCGGUGCAAUAUCGUUGGAUGUAUCCAUUUGAAAGGUUUUUGCAUCAUUUAAAGAAAAAGGUGAAAAAUCAAGCAUGUGUGGAAGGAUCUAUAUGCGAGGCAUAUAUCAUUCAAGAAAUCUCAUCAUUUUGUUCAAUGUAUUUUGAAUCUACUGUGGAAACAAGAUUAAAUCGUGUACCUCGCAAUGACGAUGGUGGAGAUGUAGAAUCUGUAGGACGACUUUCAAUUUUCUCUCAUCCUGGUCGACCUUUUGGGCCAAUGAAUAAUGCUAGAUUUCUAGAAGACGGAGAACAUUAUGCUGCAGAACUAUAUGUACUUAUGAAUUGUGAAGAGAUAUAUCCAUAUGUGGAGAUGUUCGAUGAAAUGGCAAAAAAAGAAUGUGUGAAUAUAUCUGACAAGGAACUAGAGAAAUUACGAGAUACAAGAUUUCCAAAAUGGUUUAGACAAUUUGUGGCUAAACAUAAAGAUGAAAUUGAUCCUCGUGUUGUCGAAAUGUCGUAUGGUCCUGGACGAAUUGCUCAAUGUUACAAAGGUUGUUUUACAAAUGGUUUCAAGUUCCAUACCCCAAGACUAUGGGAAUAACCGCAAUACGAAAAAAUAGUGGAGUUUGCGUGAAAGGAAGUUCUUACAAUGAUUAUGAGAGAGAUUUUUAUGGUGUCUUGGAGGAUAUUAUCCAAUUAGAGUAUUUUGGUGUUGGAAACAAAGUUAUACUUUUUAAAUGUCAUUGGUUUGAUAUGGAAA